CUGCGGCAGUAUUUGAAUUGAGAGCUCUGUGAUGUGUCAUCUGAUGAAACGACAGCAAAAAAAAAAAAAAAACAUGGGCUCCACUGAUUUCUGUACUGCAAAGUAAAAAAAAAAAGUUUGUUAAAAAUGUUUUGGAUUCUUUUUCUCUCAGCAGUGUUGGUUAGUAUGGAAAUCAGAGCGGCUGAGGCUAUAAUGCCUCUUAGAGGACUGAUGCUUUAACCACACAAAUCCGACACAUCCAGAAUUUUGAUAUCAGUUCAGAUGUGCGUUGAAUACAAAACAAAAAAAAAACAAUGCUUGUGCUAAAGUGACCCAUAAUUCUACACGCAGCUCGGCGAAGUAAUUUUGAUUAAAACGAAGUUGAACAUUUCCAGUCAUGAAAAUUAUGGACUAUACAACAUGCAUUUUUUUUAAUUUACGGACGCUGGGAAGGCUCACUCGUAUAGAUAUUUUUAGUUUCUUUCACAUACCCCGUGUAAGACUACAAGUCCCAUGAUUCAAUGCGCCACUCGCAUCCAAUUACGCCGACUCGUGCUGAACAGACGUUAAACAACAUGGCGGUGACACCGGCGCGAAGUUCAUCUUUGCACGAUUUAGGUUUGUGGGCGGACCGGACUGCCCUCCACGAGGCCGCAUCUCACGGCAGGGCUUUACAGCUGAUACGGUUGAUAGAGAGUGAAGCGUCAGUCAACAUCGUGACCGUGGACAACAUCACGCCGCUGCACGAAGCCUGCCUCCGGGCUCACCCGCACUGUGCCCGCCUGCUGCUGGAAGCUGGAGCCCAGGUGGAUGUGCGGAAUAUCCAUGGCAGCACUCCCCUCUGCAACGCCUGCUCAUCCGGCAGCUUGGAGUGCGUCAAGCUACUCUUGCAAUAUGGCGCCCAAGUCAACCCGUCACUCACCGCUUUGACGGCGUCCCCCCUCCAUGAGGCCUGCAUCCAAGGAAAUCCUGAGAUAGUCAAGCUGCUGAUCGCCAGCGGUGCUCAGCUGGAGGCGUACGAUGUCCACUUUGGCCCACCGCUGCACAUCGCGUGUGCAAAAGCACACGUGGAAUGUGUCAGGGAGCUUCUCCUUGCAGGCGCCAACGUGAAUUCGAGCAAAUUUCACGAGACUGCCUUGCACCUCGCCGCUCGACUCGACACGCCGGACGUGAUGGAGCUGCUGGUGGAGUUCGGAGCCAACGCGCACUCCGUCGACAACCGGGGACGAAAGCCCGGCGACUACUCGCCGCCUGCGUCGCCCUCCUGUGCCUAUCUCAGGUUUUACGAAAGAAACCCGCUGAGCCUUCAGCAGCUUUGUAGAAUCACCGUGAGGAGAGUUCUUGGUACCUCUGCCACGACGGUCAUAGGUUUGCUGGACAUAUCCCGUCGCAUUCAAAGCUAUCUCCAGUUUUGUCACUAAAGUUUCAAAAUGGAGGUUUGAUUUAACGAAUGUACAGUGAAACCGCCGCUAUUUAUGAGUGUUGGAGGGAUUGAAAUCGUGAAAGCUUAAAAGGUCGCGACUGUACUGCGAUCGCCUCGAGAUGUCGCAAGACGGCGCCAAAAGGACUACUUUUGUUUAAAUGAAGCACCUCAACUCACUCGAACCCCUUACUCGCUGUCCCUGAAAGGGUUAACUACUGAAUACAGCCGUUUAUGUAGCAUGGGUUCAUGUACUGUGUACAUUCGAGAGGGCACGGUGUUGGUGUUUUAUGCUCAUUUCCGUUUUCAGCCACUAGGUUGCGUCGUUCACACACAAUUGGGUCGUAUCAUAAAUCUGACGACAAUCCGCUAAAUGAUCAUAAAAGCCGACCAUAUGAACCACA